CCCAUGGUGCCCGCUGUGCUUGUCUCCGGGGAUGGCAGAAUGAGAGGUAUGCUGCUGGUGCUGCUGUACGUGUCCCACUCAUCUGCCAAUUGUGGCAACCAGAAAGCCUCUCUGGUGGACCCAUCCGAGGAGAACCUGGUCAGCAGCACGGAGUUCCCAUGGGUGGUGUCCGUGCAGGAUAUGCAGUAUGCCCACCUGGCUUUCGGCUGCAUCCUCAGCAAGUUCUGGGUCCUCAGUAUCGCAUCUGCCUUUCAGCACAGGAAGGCUGCUAUCAUUGUGGUUGGUAUAGCUAACAUGGAUUCGAAAAAGAUUGCUCACAAAGAGUACCCGGUCAACACCAUCAUCAUCCAUGAGGACUUUAAUAACUACUCAAUGAGCAACAACCUAGCCCUCCUGAAGACAGACACUGCGAUGCAUUUCGAUGACCUGGUCCGGUCCAUCUGCUUCCUGGACAGAAAGCUGAGCAUGUCACCAGUCUUGGAGAACUGCUGGGUGUCAGGAUGGAAUCCCACAUCUGCAACAGGAAAUCACAUGACAAUGAGUAUCCUGAGGAGAAUCUCCGUGAAAGACAUUGACCGGUGUCCCUUACCCAAACCCCGGAAAACAGGAUGCGGCAGUCACACACAGCAGGAAACUGACGCCGUCUGCUUGGGAGAACCAGGAAGCCCCAUGAUGUGCCAGCUACAGGAGUUGAAUCUGUGGGUCUCAGAGGGAUCUGACCAAGGAGGCAACGCAUGCCCUGGCCUAUUUCUGUACAACAGGGUGGAAGAGUACAGUGACUGGAUCAUGUCCCAAGCUAAGAGGGCCGGCCCUUCCCUGACCGCCCCCUGGGAGAAGAUGAUCCCCAUCCUCUAUUACAAAUCACAAACUGUCAUAACACAGAGUAUGCGUUCUGAAACAGACCACAUGGAAUGGACCCAAUCUCCUCCCAAGGACAGAAAGGUCCACUUUCAUUUACGGCUGGUGAAUGGCUCUCGAGAUGGCCAAAACUUUAGGGUAAAGGGACUCCAGGAAUCAGACAGGACCGUGCAGGAGGCCAUUCAACCUAACUAUGACUACUAUGGCGGGGAGUCUGAGGAGGCUGGGUCUGUUGCAGGGCAGAACAGGCUGCAUCAGCCCCAAGAAAUGCUGCUUCUUAGCUUUCUUAUUCAAAGCUUCUGCUUUGGCCCUGUCCUGGUUUGA